GGCUUUAGCGCCUUUCCUGACGGCGGUAGAUUUGAAGCGCUUUUACAGGACCCGGCCCGGAGAAGAGAAGCCCGUGGCGGUGCAGUUUUGGAGGUCUCAGUCCUGUUGGCCUGUUCCUUUGGAUCCUGUGACAAGACAUUACAUGGAGCAAAACAAUUGGCUCAAUCAUCUUUGCUGGGUUUUUGUUUUUUAUUGUUUCCCUCAACUUAAAGAUUGAAGUGUUGGAACCAUGGGAAUAAAGGUCCAGCGUCCUCGAUGUUUUUUUGACAUUGCCAUUAAUAAUCAACCUGCUGGAAGAGUUGUCUUUGAAUUAUUUUCUGAUGUAUGUCCCAAAACAUGUGAGAACUUUCGUUGCCUUUGUACAGGUGAAAAGGGGACAGGAAAAUCAACUCAGAAGCCAUUACAUUAUAAAAGCUGUCUCUUUCAUAGAGUUGUCAAGGAUUUCAUGGUUCAGGGUGGUGACUUCAGUGAAGGGAAUGGAAGAGGAGGAGAAUCUAUUUAUGGAGGAUUCUUUGAAGAUGAGAGUUUUGCUGUUAAACACAACAAAGAGUUUCUCUUAUCAAUGGCCAACCGAGGGAAGGAUACAAAUGGCUCUCAGUUCUUUAUAACAACAAAGCCAACUCCUCAUUUAGAUGGGCAUCAUGUUGUUUUUGGGCAAGUGAUCUCUGGUCAGGAAGUUGUGAGAGAGAUUGAAAACCAGAAAACGGACGCUGCUAGCAAACCAUUUGCUGAGGUUCGGAUACUCAGUUGUGGAGAGCUGAUUCCCAAGUCUAAGGUUAAGAAAGAAGAAAAGAAAAGGCAUAAGUCCUCCUCCUCAUCAUCAUCCAGUGAUUCAGAUAGCUCAAGCGAUUCUCAGUCCUCCUCUGAGUCUUCUGAUUCUGAAAGUGCUUCUGAAGAAAAAUCCAGGAAAAGGAAAAAGAAACAUAGGAAAAAUUCCCGAAAGCAUAAGAAGGAGAAGAAGAAGCGAAAGAAAAGCAAAAAAAGCCCAUCUAGUGAAAGUGAAGCAGAAAAUGUUGAUGCACAGCCCCAGUCUACUGUCCGUCCAGAAGAGAUCCCUCCUAUACCUGAAAAUAGAUUUCUAAUGAGAAAAAGUCCUCCUAAAGCCGAUGACAAGGAAAGGAAAAACAGAGAGAGAGAAAGAGAAAGAGAGUGUAAUCCACCUAACUCCCAGCCUGCUUCAUACCAGCGACGAUUCUUAGUUACUAGGUCUGGCAGGAAAAUUAAAGGAAGAGGACCGAGGCGUUAUCGAACUCCUUCCAGAUCCAGAUCGAGGGAUCGAUUCAGACGAAGUGAGACUCCUCCACAUUGGAGACAAGAGAUGCAGAGAGCUCAGAGAAUGAGGGUGUCAAGUGGUGAAAGAUGGAUCAAAGGGGAUAAGAGUGAGUUAAAUGAAAUAAAAGAAAAUCAAAGGAGCCCAGUUAGGGUAAAAGAGAAAAAAAUAACAGAUCACAGACACAUGUCUGAGAGCCCAAACAGAAAAAUAGAAAAGGAAAAGAAACUUAAAGACCAUAAAUCUGAAAGCAAAGAGAGAGACAUCAGAAGAAAUUCAGAAAAAGAUGAUAAAUAUAACAAAAACAAAGUGAAGAAAAGAGGCAAAUCCAAGAGUAGGAGCAAGAGCAAGGAGCGAUCCCGGAGUAAGGAUCGAGACUCGAAGCACAAUAGACACGAAGACAAGAGGGUGAGGUCAAGAAGUAAAGAAAGGGAUCAUGAGGCCACUAAAGACAAAGAAAAGCAAUUGGAUUCUAAAGGGAAAGAUCAGGAAAGGAGUAGAAGCAAAGAGAACUCCAAACAGGUAGAAUCAAAAAGUAAUGAACAUGAUCAUAGCAAAAGUAAAGAGAAGGAUAGGCGUGCACAGUCCAGGAGUAGAGAGCGGGAUCUGACCAAGAGUAAACACAGUUACAACAGUAGAACAAGGGAGCGGAGCAGAAGUAGGGACAGGAGCAGAAGAGUGCGGUCCAGAAGCCAUGACAGAGACCGCAGCAGAAGCAAGGAGUACCAUAGACACAGAGAACAGGAGUACAGGAGAAGAGGAAGGUCACGAAGCCGGGAUCGAAGAACACCAGGACGAUCUCGAAGUAAAGACAGGAGGAGGAGGAGGAGGGAUUCCCGGAGCUCAGAGAGAGAAGAAAGUCAAAGUAGAAACAAAGACAAAUAUAGAAGCCAAGAAAGUAAGAGUUCACACAGAAAAGAAACUUCUGAGGGCGAGAAAAGAACGUACUCUAAGAGUCGUGAUCAUAAUAGCUCAAAUAAUAACAGGGAGAAAAAGGCUGAUAGAGAUCAAAGUCCAGUGUCAAAAACAAAGCAAAGCAGUCAGGACAGUGAAGUAAAGUCCUCCACAUUAAAAAGUCAAGAGGAUGAGAAGACCAGAUCCCCGGUGGAAAAAGAAAACCAAAAAUCAAAGGGUCAAGAAAAUGACCAUGUACAUGACAAAGAUAAAAAAUGUGAUCAUGAAUCAAGCCCUGGAACAGAUGAAGACAAAAGUGGAUGAGUGAGUUGUGUACACUUAAUUCCUCCCUGUCUCAAAUUUUAAGUUUUUAAGACUUUGUUGAACCUUCCUUUUUUGUUGUUUUCAUUGUUUUGGAGUUAUUUUAUGUUUGUGUCCCCCUUCUCCCCCCCUUUUUUUCUAAAUGUGGACUUCAUUGAGUUGAUCUUUUGAUAAUCUGCUACCUGGAUAAUUUGUACUGCUAAAGUUUUAAUAAACUUGAAAUGAAAAGAAAAACAA